AUGAGGUACACCAAUAGCGCCGCCCACAGCUACGCUCCCCAACCCAGCAGCGAUCCAUACCGUUACGCCUAUCCCUCAUCAGGAGGAUCAGGACAAGUCUACACACCCGUUCAGCGUGGCGCAAGCAAGCGCGACGCCCCUCUCUUCUCCGUCAAGCAAGACCUUGCCUACAACCGCUACCACACGCACUACUUUACACCCAAAGACGCAUACCCACCGCACUCGCGCACCUUUGCAGAGUACAACGCACGCUACAAUGAGCGCGAGCGCGAGCAGAAGGGCCGCAGGAAGUCGUCGCGGAAGCGGAAGUCCAUGCCUGUCCCUCCGCCCCCUCCGCCUCCGGUGCAGAUAUACUGUGAUAAGCCGAGGCAUAGCAGUAGGCGCAGGUCGGCGAGCCCGCAGGUAGAGUCGAUGUUUUACAUGGGUACCGAGAAUCACCCGCCCAUGUUUCGGUCGAAGAGGUCGAGGAAUCCGUAUUCGCCGUCGCCGUCACCACCACCGGCUUGGCUUGGUGGGGAUGGGUCGCGGCGGGAUAGGAUGGCGAGAUCGCCUAGUCAUUAUGGCGGUGGUGGUAGCGGGCAUGGCGAGAGUAGACUGAGGCGUGUAGCGAGGUUUUUGUUUGGGUCUUGGUGA